AUGAGAACCAUAUCUUUGGAGGAGGCUGCAGAAGCUGUAAAACUUCAUAAAAUACAUCCAGAAAAUUUCUUUUCAGAGCUUGAUAAACCUUCUACUUUUGAAGGACUUUGUAGUGGAGUCGAGCAUAAAGGAGGUCCCAAAUCUAAAGAAGCCAAAGAACUUUGCAUUAAACUAGUGCGUUCUUUAGAAAAAAUAAGUAAAGAGAAUGAUUCCCAACGUAAUAAUUACUGUAGUUACAUACGUUAUUGGUUAUAUGAACAAAUAAGUGAAAUUCAUACUAACAAAUCUGCAAAGAUUACUGAUGUACGCUUUUUUGACGAUCUUAUUUUUGCAUGGACACUCAUUCAUAAUGGAAAAUUAAAAAAAACAUGUAAUCCGGAAAAUAAUAUAAAAGAUGUUAAAUUAGAUGAAUUAAAAAAUAGGAUAUUUUCUUAUAUUUAUUUUAAAAAUCUUGAUAAAAUUAAAAAAAUUAGUACUGAAAAUGGAACAGAUUGCGAUAAGUAUUUAACAUAUCUUAAGAGUUUUAAGUCAGUACAUGAGGAGUAUAAGGAUAGGCUUUGUGGCAAGUCAACUGUUUUAUCACAGAAGAAUGGUACAGAUUAUUUUCAUUGUGAUGAUAAGGAUGUACUUAUGUCUCGCAUAACUGAAUUAGAAAAAUGCAAAGGUUCAGAGAAGCCAACUGUUGCAACAGGACACCUUGACCCCAAAAGUGUUAAAGGCGAAGGAGAUCCAGGAGCUCCAAAAGAUAAAAAAGUUUCAGAAGAUACAACAAGACCAACAGAUUCAGCAGUCGUAGCAAGCUCAUCGAGUUCAUCAACUACUGUAACAACAACAACUGCAGUAACUGCAACAAAACCAGUAACAACUGCAACAACAGUAACUGCAACGCAACCAACAGUAACAACAACUGCAUCAACUGCAUCAACUGCAUCAACUGCAUCAACUGCAUCAACUGCAUCAACUGCAUCAACUGCAUCAACUGCAUCAACUGCAUCAACUACACCAAGUAAUGUAACAACAACAAGUACACCAUCUACAUCCACUAAAACAAGAACAGUAACUACGCUAAGUACAAGUAGUUCAGGAAGUCAAGGAAGAUCAUCAUUUUGGUCAGGUUUGUCGGGUUUAUUUAGUUCAUCAAGGCCACGAACUUCAGAACGAACAUCAUCUUUAGCGGCAUCACAAACUUCGUCAAGUUCAAAAGGUACAUUGAGUGCAAGAGUUGCAGAAAGGCCAGUGACUACAACAAGUGCAUCAAGUGUAAGAGAUUCGACAGUUACAGUAACCACAAAUACACGAAGUGCAGAAGGUUCAAUAAGUUCAACAGGUCAAGUAGAUCAAGGGAGAUUAACACGUCCACUGGUUACAGCAACUGUAUCCGGAAAAUCUUUGAGUCCCCAGCCGCAAGAAAGUCCUGGGUACGCUCUUCACACAGUAUCAUCAUAUAAUUCAAACACUGGGGGGGAUACAAACCUGGAGACCAUUACUGAUGUUCCUGGUACUUCAGAAACGUUAUAUGAUAAGUUAGAUUCAAAUACUGUUAAAAAUAUUAUCAUGGCUGCAGCGGUACUUGGAAUAAUAUUCUUCCUUUUCUACUACAAUAGGUCUUCUCGAAUAGAAUCAAGUAUUAAGCCAAAAAAAAGGAAGAAAAAAGCAUUCGAGCAUAAUUAUUACGAAGAGUAUGAAAAGGAGUUAGCGAAGUAUGAAUCAUAUAAUGAGUCUUUAGAUUCUCUAGAAGAUCGAUAUUAUUUGACUUAUCAGCCAGACCAAGACUCUCACUACUAA